AAGACGAAUAGUGUAGAAAACGAAGAAGAAAGCAAAGCGAUACUCUAUUAUAAGCUUGUUCCGUUUUUAUUAUCAGUACACUAUAUAUGGGACUAGGGACGCUACAACAUUUGUUAUCGUAUCGGAUGAGCGUGAGCGUGUGAUUAUGACGAUAAUAAAGGUUACAUUCCCAUCGAAUGGUCCACCCGGGAAAAUAUUGAAAUGGAGAGUACGUUUGGAUACAAUGGUCGCGGCGGGAAGAAUUUUGUUGUUGUAUCAAAAUAUGACGCCGGGCAUCGAGAACGAGGAUGCUAAGGAACCCGAAAGAAAACUGCGAGCUACAAAUUUUGGUCGGGUCAAGCAAAUCCUCGUCAAGGAGGGUGACAUCAUUCAGCCUGGGGAAGAGAUAGCUCUACUGGAAGGAUGUACACAUCCUACUGUGAUGAUAGAUUUGUGUGCAGAAUGUGGGGCAGAUUUGAGGGUGCAAGAAACUAGAAAUGAUGGAAAUACAGCUGGAAUAUCGCAAGCCAGUGUGCCUAUGGUACACAGCGUACCAGAGUUAAAAGUAUGUCCCGAAUUGGCUGAGAAAAUUGGGAAAGAGGAUGAGCAACGUCUUUUGAAGGAUCGAAAAUUAGUAUUACUUGUGGAUCUUGAUCAAACAAUUGUUCAUACCACAAAUGAUAAUAUUCCACCUAAUUUAAAAGAUGUUUUUCAUUUUCAAUUAUAUGGACCAAAUUCCCCAUGGUAUCAUACUAGAUUCAGACCAAACACUCAACAUUUCCUCUCGGAGAUGAGUCGUUUAUACGAGUUACAUAUUUGCACUUUUGGAGCAAGGAUUUAUGCACAUACUGUUGCAUCAUUGCUAGAUAAAGAUGGAGUUCUGUUCUCUCAUAGAAUACUUUCUAGAGAUGAAUGUUUUGAUCCAGCAUCAAAAACUGCAAAUCUCAAAGCUCUGUUUCCAUGCGGCGAUGAUUUAGUAUGUAUCAUAGAUGAUAGGGAAGAUGUGUGGCAAGGAUGUGGAAAUCUUGUUCAAGUUAAACCCUAUCAUUUUUUCCGUCACACUGGUGAUAUUAAUGCACCACCUGGAUUGGAAAAAGAUGACAUAUUGCAUUCGUCUGAACCUGCAAAUAUAAAUGAAUCAGAUGUAAAUGAUUUACAAAAUAAGGAUGACAAGAAUGGGGUAUCUGAAUCAUUAAGUGAAGUUGGACAGUUGUCAUCAGACAAUCCCUCAGUAAAAGAAACAAAACAUGAAAAUGAGAAAGAUGAGGAAAUUGACAAUAAAAUAAAAGAAACAAAGAACGGAGAUGCCAAAGUAAAUAUUGAAAAAGAUGCAGAUUCCAAUGUCCAAUCUAAUAUUAUAAAAGAAGAUGAUAAAAUAAAUAAAGAAGUGGUGGAAGCUGUAUUAUCUGUAGAAACAAAGAAGGAUAAUAAGCAAGAGGCGUCAAAGCAGGAAAGUAAUAUAAUAGACGAAGAUGACGACGAUUAUCUAUUAUAUUUAGAAGAUAUUCUUCGAAGAAUUCAUACCGAAUUUUAUGCUACAUUGGAUCAAGGAAAUGGUCGAAAAUCUCUCCGAGAUAUAAUUCCGCGAGUGCGUUCUCAUGUGUUGAAAGGAUUGUAUUUAACUUUUAGUGGUUUGAUACCUACUCAUCAAAAACUUCACCAAAGCCGCGUAUAUAAAGUUGCGAGAGCAUUUGGAGCGGAAGUGACUCAAGAUUUGACGGAGAAAACCACACAUUUAGUUGCUAUUAGAAAAGGCACAGCCAAAGCGAAUGCAGCUAGAAAAAAUGCGAAUAUAAAAAUCGUAAAUCCAGAGUGGUUGUGGACGUGCGCGGAACGCUGGGAGCGUGUGGACGAACGUCUGUUUCCUCUCACAUCACAGGCUCGCGGAUCAAGAGUACCACCACCACACUGUAGUAGUCCCGAACGUGUCGAAGAUCUAGAAAGUGAGAACGCGAAUUCUUUCGCUAAUUCUAUCAAUCCAUUAAUGUCAUUUACUCAAGAGGAAAUCGACAUUAUGGAUAAGGAAGUAGACGAAGAUAUGCAAGAACAAGACAUGGUUUUUGAAGAAGCGGAUGACGCGGAAGAAUAUGAAACAAAAAUAUAUUAUCGGAGUUCCGAUUCUGAGGAUUCUAUAAAUGGUGAAUCAGAUGUAUCAAAAAGAAAGAAGAGAAAGAUUUACAAUGGCAACUCUGAUAAAAGUUCUUCAGAUGAUAAAGAUGAAAAAUGUGACAGUGAUAAUGACGAUGAUGAUGAUGAUAGUGAUGAUCCUGUUACAUGUUUUAGAAGAGGGCAAGAUCUACCCAAUGAUUUAGAUCUUGGUGAUAAUUCACAGGAUUCAAUAGAUGAUCUUGAAGCAGACGAUCUUGAAGAUGAUCGAGAAUGGAAUGCGAUGGGCGCUGCGCUUGAAAGAGAGUUUCUUUCUGAAUGAUAGGUUUGAAUAUUAGUAUUCUGAUUAUUGGAAGAUUCUCUCAGGAUGUCUUAUUUUAUUUAUAAAUUUCAAGUUCGAUAGUUGAAGCAGGGUUAUUGAUAAUAAUAAAUGUUAUUGAUUAUAAUAAAUUAUUUGUGUACUCUGAUAAUCAGAGCAAAACAUUAAACAUUAAACGUUUGAAGAAAAUAA